AUGCAAGGCCAGGCAAAGUUUGGCCAGCAAGAUGAAAUUGGAUUAAUACCCUGCCCUGAAGCCAGGUAUAACCGGAGCCCUAUCGUCCUGGUAGAAAACAAGCUUGGUGUGGAGAGCUGGUGUGUCAAGUUUCUUUUGCCGUAUGUCCACAAUAAACUUCUCCUCUACAGACAAAGAAAACAGUGGCUGAACAAAGAUGAGCUGAUAGAUAUCACGUGUACCCUGUUACUUCUUUUAUUAAUACAAAUUUAUUUUAUCUUUUGUAGGAAAGAAUUAAUACUGUCUGGCACUUUAAAUCCACUUAAAGACUUGCAUCUUGGAAAACUGGCGUUAACCAAGUUUCCAAAGAGUCCAGAAACAUGGAUUCAUAGACGAUGGGUGCUGCAACAACUAAUUCAGGAAAACUCCCUGCCCAGUCUUGUGACUAAAGGAAACCUGGGAGCAGUACCUGUGGAGAGAAUUCACCGACUAGUGCAGGAGGAAAUGAAUGUCUGCUCUGAAGCUGCUGGGAGGUAUCCAAGCAACUACAAUGCCUGGUCCCAUCGCAUCUGGGUUUUACAGCAUUUGGGAAAGCUGACUGUCAAGGUUCUCCUCGAUGAACUUUCAUCCUCUAAAUACUGGGUGUCCAUGCAUGUCUCAGACCACAGUGGAUUUCAUUACCGCCAGUUCUUACUCAUGUCCUUGAUAAGCAGAACUAUGACUGACAAUAAUGUACUGGUACAAAAUCAAAUGAUAAAUAAGCAAAACCCUAGCCUUCAAAAGGAGGAGAGUGCAGGGGCAGAAGCUGCCUGUGCAGAGGAGCAGAGUGUGGAUGUCCCCUGCCAUUUAGAGGAAGAGUUGGAGCUCUGCACUGAACUGAUUGAUACUUACCCAGGGCAUGAGACCUUGUGGUGUCAUAGAAGGCGUGUGUUCUACCUUCAGCACCACCUAAGCAACCAACUUCCUCUUCAGAGUGCAGUGAUAUCAUCUGUGGACAGCAGUGAUGAAACUCUGAAUAAUUCCCACCACAGUCCUGCAACAAGUCACAUGGCACAAGCUAUGGAUGUUGAUGGUUUGAAUGAAUCCAGCAGCAAACAAGGUUAUACCCAAGAAACAAAACGCCUGAAGCGUACUCCUGUGCAGGACUCUCUUGGUCCGGAAAUGGAAUACCAGUUCAUUGAUAAAGUAUUGUCAACUUGUAGGGAUGCAGACCAAGCCAGAUUUGCUACUGCCUAUAGGAAAUGGUUAGUUACUUUUUUAGGUCAGUGAAGGAAGAGUUUAAAGUCUUCAGGGCUCUUCUUUUAGUGCAAUAUUCUCUUUUCAGACACAAAUGCAUGUCCUGGUUGCAAAUGUUAGCUAAACAUGUGUUUCUGACUCUUCUAAUGGUCAGUCCUAAA